AUGGCGUCCCAGGAUCACCACCACCACCACGGCGGCCACUCCCACGACGACGACCACCAUCACCGCCACCAUCACGGCGCUUGCAGGGAUGCCGCCGGGAAGGGGGCGGGGGCGGGGUCGUGGGUCGGCGAGGACGGGCGCGUGUGGCACUCCCACGACGGCCUGGCGCCGCACUCCCACGAGCCCAUCUACUCCGCCGGGGACUUCUCCAAGCGCGCGCCGCCGCUCGACUCCCGCAGCUUCGCCGACCGCGCCUUCACCGUCGGCAUCGGCGGCCCCGUCGGCACCGGGAAGACUGCCCUGAUGUUAGCACUCUGCACUUGCCUCCGUGACAAAUAUAGUCUUGCAGCGGUUACAAAUGAUAUAUUCACAAAAGAGGAUGGAGAAUUCUUGGUCAAGCAUGGAGCUCUGCCUGAAGAGCGCAUACGUGCUGUCGAAACUGGAGGCUGCCCUCAUGCCGCUAUACGUGAGGACAUCAGCAUAAAUCUGGGCCCUCUGGAGGAGCUAUCCAACUUGUACAAGGCCGAUUUGCUGCUCUGUGAAUCUGGAGGAGAUAACCUGGCAGCCAACUUCAGCAGGGAGCUAGCAGACUACAUAAUCUACAUCAUCGACGUGUCCGGUGGGGACAAGAUACCAAGAACAGGCGGCCCUGGGAUAACCCAAGCAGAUCUCUUGGUCAUAAACAAGACAGACCUUGCCUCCGCGGUUGGAGCCGACCUAGCCGUGAUGGAGCGAGACGCCCUUCGGAUGCGGGAAGGAGGGCCCUUCGUGUUCGCCCAGGUGAAACACGGGGUUGGCGUGGAGGAGAUUGUGGACCACGUGCUGCGGGCCUGGGAGAUCGCCACCGGCAACAGGCGCCGAUAG